CGCGCCUUCCGUCCACUGUUCCGCCGUAAGCAUGCGCAUUGGCAGAAGCCGUCACCGCAGUCCAGUGUGUUGAGUAGAAGCCGAGUAGGGACAAUAGAUUAAAAAUAGAAAAGUACAGGUGAUACAGGCGGAGAUAAGGAGCAGAACGAGAGACGGAGGAGAGAUGGAUCAGUUGGAGCGUCCCCAAGAUGACAACGCACAGGAGACAGAUUGUCACGUUGACAAUGCCGAUGGAAACAACAACAACAACAACCGGCGCAAGACGGUGUGUCCAGGUGCAGGUGAGCACCCCCUGCAGUAUAACUACACCUUCUGGUACAGCAGGAGGACCCCGAGUCGUCCCGCCAGCUCUCUGAGCUACGAGCAGAACAUACGACAGAUCGGCACCGUGGCCUCGGUGGAGCAGUUCUGGAGGUUUUACAGUCAUCUGGUGAGGCCAGGCGACCUGAGCGGGCACAGCGACUUCCACCUGUUCAAGGAGGGCAUCAAACCCAUGUGGGAGGUAACUAAGUACCCAGUACUCCUGCAGUACUCCUGCAGUACUCGUGUAGGACAGAUUUGUGCUGCUCAAAUGAAAGUACAACAAUAAAAUCAUCAGACACACAACACAUGCAGGGCUGCAGUGACAUCACCACGAACCAGACACGCCUGUGUUAGGCCACACCCACACCAAGAAAGUACUAAUGAAGGAAGCAUCAAUGAAUUCUUAGUGAAGUGCUGAUGAAGAUCAGGGGUAUCCAUCCGUCCUCCUUCACUGGGGGGCAGGUCACGGGGCAGUAGCCUGAGCGUACCAGACCUCCCUCCUGCUGGCCGCCUCCUGGAGAACACGACAAGCGCACCUUGCCCAGGAGGCUGAGCUCUCUCUUCACCACCAUGGACCGGUGCAGCAUCACUGCAGCCGCUCCAGUGCGCGCUGGAGGACACCACCUGAUGAAACCAACAGAACCAAUCUGCACCAAAGCCAGAGACGAGAUUCUUGGCUGCGCCUGUAAAUUCUGUACGUAAAGAUUCUGAACAGAAUGGGUGAGAGUACCAUGUCCCACCAGGAACUAGUCCUGCCUACUGAUGGCUCUGCGGACCAAGUUCUUGCAGUGGUUGCUUAAGGAUUAAAUGGCCCGUAGUACAGCGAUGGGCCCCUGUAGGGCUG